CGUUCUAUCCGCGACUGCCCUGGUCUCUAUCACCCUUUGUCCUCCAGCUUUCCCCCCGGCACUGGGCCUGCGGGCCUGGUUGCUAGGCGGAAGCGGGGCGCGGCGGCUGCCCGGGCGUUUGAAAAGCGGCAACUCAGGCGGCAAAAGACCCCGCCUGCGGGCCGCCCACCGCGACCAUGGUCUCCAAGUCCGACCAGCUACUCAUCGUCGUGUCCAUCCUAGAAGGUCGCCAUUUUCCCAAGCGUCCAAAGCAUAUGCUUGUAGUAGAAGCAAAGUUUGAUGGAGAACAGUUGGCUACUGACCCUGUGGACCAUACCGACCAGCCAGAAUUUGCUACCGAGUUAGCCUGGGAGAUCGACAGGAAAGCCCUCCAUCAGCACAGGUUGCAACGUACUCCAAUCAAACUGCAGUGUUUUGCCUUGGAUCCUGUGUCUUCAGCCAAGGAAACUAUAGGUUACAUUGUUCUAGACUUAAGAACUGCUCAAGAAACAAAGCAGGCUCCAAAGUGGUACCAGCUGUUGAGUAAUAAAUACACCAAGUUCAAGGCUGAGAUACUGAUAAGCAUUGCUUUGGAAACAGAUACAAAGGCCCCAGUGGAUAGUUUUAAAGCCAAAGGAGCCCCGCCUCGAGAUGGAAAAGUAGCUGCCAGCCUAUCUGGACUUGAGCCCAAGGACAUCGUGGCGGUCCUGAAUGAGGAAGGAGGCUACCAUCAGAUCGGACCAGCAGAGCAUUGCACUGACCCCUUUGUGAUGUCGGUGACCAUAGCGUUUGCCACCCAGCUGGAGCAGUUAAUUCCGUGUACCAUGAAACUUCCAGAAAGACAGGCUGAGUUUUUCUUUUACUAUUCUUUGCUGGGAAACGAUGUUACAAAUGAACCCUUCAAUGAUUUAAUCAACCCAAACUUUGAGCCAGAGAGAGCGUCUGUUCGAAUACGUAGCAGCAUAGAAAUUCUUCGUGUUUACCUGGCUCUUCAGUCUAAACUACAGUCUUUAAUUGAAUUAAAGACCCAGAAUGAACAUGAGCUACGGCAUUCAAAGAAGCGAGUUUUAACUCCUAUAGAAGAGAAGACACUCACUGGGCCAAAGUCACCAAGUGUGUCCCCUGUUCCACCUCAAAACCCAUCACCUCCCACAAAAGAUGAUGUAACAGGAAGUGAAGUGGAAAGCUUGCAAUAUGAUAAGGACCCAAAACCAAAUCCAAAGGCCGUCAGUUCUCCUGCACCUGCCUCGGUGGUCCAGCCAGUGCCCACAUCGCACGCUUCAGAAGCUGCCUCCGGACAGAAGAUUGCUGUACCAGCCACAUCACACCAUUUUUGCUUCUCAGUAGACUUAAGGAGUAUCCAUGAUUUGGAAGUUGGUUUUCCAAUCAACUGUGUAUUAAGGUACUCCUAUCCAUUCUUUGGGAGUGCGGCUCCUAUUAUGACUAAUCCUCCUGUAGAAGUUCGCAAAAACAUGGAAGUUUUUCUUCCGCAGUCUUACUGUGCAUUUGAUUUUGCAACUCUGCCUCAUCAGCUGCAGGAUACCUUCUUAAGGAUUCCAUUGCUGGUUGAAUUAUGGCACAAGGAUAAAAUGAGUAAAGAUUUACUUCUGGGAAUCGCCAGAAUCCAGCUUUCUAACGUCUUGUCUUCGGAAAAAACUCGCUUUUUAGGUUCCAAUGGUGAACAGUGUUGGCGUCAAACUUACAGUGAAUGUGUGCCUUUCAUAACAGCACAGGGGUCAAACAACAGGAUAAUGGAUCUUUCUUAUACAGUAACUCUAGAAGAUUAUGGACUAGUAAAAAUGCGUGAGAUUCUUGUCUCUGAUUCAUCUCAGGGUUUAUCUGCUGUGCAACAGAAGCCAUCUUCCGUUCCUCCAGCACCUUGUCCUUCAGAAGUCCAGACAGAGCCUCGAGAAACCUUAGAAUACAAAGCAGCCCUGGAGCUAGAAAUGUGGAAAGAGAUGCAAGAAGACAUUUUUGAAAAUCAGCUAAAGCAGAAGGAAUUGGCUCAUAUGCAGGCUCUUGCCGAGGAAUGGAAGAAAAGAGACCGAGAGAGAGAAUCGCUUGUAAAGAAAAAGGUGGCUGAAUAUACUGUUCUAGAAGGAAAACUUCAAAAAACCCUAAUUGACCUAGAGAAGCGAGAGCAGCAGCUUGUCCUUGCAGAGUCAGAGGUUCAAAGAGAGAGAAAGGAACUGAAAUUAGAACGUGAACGGAACCUGCAAGAACUUCAGGACUCUAUCCGGAGGGCCAAAGAGGAUUGUGUUCAUCAGGUGGAACUAGAAAGAUUGAAGAUGAGACAGCUGGAAGAGGACAAACUCCGACUGCAGCAGCAGCUUACUGAUGCUGAAAAUAAGUAUAAGAUUUUGGAAAAAGAGUUUGUUCAGUUCAAGGAUCAGCAAAGCAACAAACCAGAAAUCCGUCUACAGUCUGAAAUAAAUCUCCUCACCUUAGAAAAGGUUGAACUUGAAAGGAAGUUGGAAUCUGCAACUAAGUCUAAACUGCAUUACAAGCAGCAGUGGGGACGAGCUUUGAAAGAACUUGCCAGACUUAAACAGCGGGAGCAAGAAAGUCAAAUGGCUCGACUUAAAAAACAGCAAGAAGAACUGGAACAGAUGAGGCUCCGUUACCUGGCUGCUGAGGAAAAAGAUAUGGUGAAGACCGAGAGACAAGAAUUGUUGGAUAUCAGAAAUGAAUUAAACAGGUUAAGGCAACAAGAACAGAAACAGUACCAGGAUUCCAGAGAGAUUGCGAGUGGAAAAAUGGACAGCCCACGUGGCAAUACCCUGGAAGGUUUGGAUGAUUAUUUGACUCGACUCAUAGAAGAAAGGGAUACUUUGAUGAGGACGGGUGUGUAUAAUCACGAGGAUCGAAUAAUAAGUGAACUAGACCGACAGAUCAGAGAGGUUUUGGCAAAAAACAAUGCCAGUAAUUAAUAACAUUUGGAAAAUCUUUACAGAGACUCCAGGCCUAAAUUUUAAUUUCAUUGUAAACCCCUCGAAAGAAGGGAAAAUGGAUGUUUUAAAACCAGUUUUCAAUUUUUUAUAAGCAAAAUUUUGUAUGUUACUGUACAGUAUUUAUUUGAUUUUAUUUACUUUAUGCUACCUCUCCCACUCUGGUUUUAUUUGUAAUUGCAUUUUAUAUACUCAUUUUAAAUGACUUUUCAGUGUUUCUCAUAAUUUAUAAUUUCAUAGCUAACUUUCACAACAGCUUUUCACGAGAUGUGCCCUUAGAGAAAUGACUGCAGUAAUUUCCAGUUGUAUAAUUUUUCAUGUUGAGCCAAAAGAGUAUGUGUUGCACUUUAAAAAUGCUGCGUCCUAUUCAUUUGAAUACAGCUAUCUCGAAAGUUGAGGCCAACUGUAAACAGUUUUAUUUAACUUACUUUAGACAGCUUGUGCUUUUAACUUGUAACAUUUCCAAGUGACAAGUUUGAAAACAGAAAGCAAGAUCAAUGCAAAGAAGCGCUAGGCUCUCCCGAAUGACAAACUGGGCAUUUAUUUAAAUAAAGUUAACACAGAAUAAACUUGUUUCAACACCCACUGAACUUCCAAAUUUUCACUGUGCUCCUAACUUUCAGGAAGAUGAAAGUCGCAAGUUUAAAGAGGUGUUCGCCUGCCCACUCGUGCCCAAGAUUGUAUUGUUUUCUUGAAAAAGAAGGAUUUUUUUAUUUUCCCCUUAACAGUAAUGCUUGUUCUUAACCCAAAACCUCUGUAAUGUAACAGGCAGAAAGACACAAAGGCUUCUGCUGAGAAAGAAGAGUGAAAAACGACUAUUUUUUAACUCCCCCUAAUUUUAAUCAGUUGGUUUUUAAAGUAUUUGAGAUGAAGUCAUUGGAUUUAUGUAGUGCCCUUCCCUGCGAACUUCUGAGAAUUCCUGUACAUCGUCUUCUUCAUAGCCAGCGUUUGCCCUGAGGGCAACACUUCCCACCUCCUUCUCCAGAGUUUGUUAGCAAAUUCACAGAUUAGGUGAGUCUUAAGGUAUAGGUAGUUUAAAAUUUCUGAUUCCCAAAUAUAAUAAAUUUAAGGAUAUUUUAGGAAAUAUAUAGUGUUUACCGAGAACUUCCCUAAAAGCAGAAUAGGCAGUUUGGAAACAUGAAAAUAAUUUUCUGUUGUUUUCAAGGAGGUGUAUUUUUUUGGGAAAGUAAAUAAAGCCCCUGCGCGCAUUCUA